UCCAUUAUUUUGGCAGGAAGGAUUGUGUCAUUGUGAUGAUCGCGCGAAUCUGUUUAUCUCGUGAAACAAACAAGUAGAAUCUGAAAGUUAUAUAUUUUAAACGUGCGAAUAAAGUCGACGCAGUGUGUUUUAAUGUACGUAUUAUUAUGGAACCGACAAAUCAGUGCCACUGCUGCCUGCAGCGGCCUUCGGCGAAAGAUUUGAGGACGCCGUACACUCGUCACGGCAUUACGGAGAUAUACUCGUUCAUGAUUGAAGAAUGCUUCGUGAUCAAACUGGCAUCAAGCAAUGAGGAGCAGAGUGGCAUCUGCGGGGAGUGUGAGAGGCGCCUGCGGGAGGCGAGCUCCUUCAAGAUGCAGGUGCAGCGCUGCCAGGCCGAGCUGCGUCAGAGGCUCCAGGCAGCACUGAGAGCCAAAGAGGAGAAAGCCUUGGAUGAACACCUUGAAGAUGACAUGAGCAGCGAUGUUCCCGAGCCUUCUUUGCCUCCGGGCGAGAAGAGCCCCGCCCCGCCUUGUAAAGAGGAGCCGCGAGACGAAUAUCUGUCACCUCCAGAUGAGGAGAGCCAAGGCCCGCCUUGUAAAGAGGAGCCGCGAGACGGAUGUUUGUCACCUGGCGAGUACGAAGUUGACACAGCGCCUCUGACCUCGCGAGCUGUUCAGCAGCUCUCGUUGGGGUGUUCCGUGAAGGUGGAGCGCCUCAGCGACUCGCCGCUCGCGAGCAAGCCGUGCCCCGUGACGUCACACCGCGAGAGCGACGAACAAGCCUACACACACGAUACUCGCCCCACACACGACUCUAGUUUGAACACACACAAACAGAAAAAUAUCACACCAGUAAGGAAUACCGAAGUCUACUGUUGCGACAUGUGCGCUCACCUAUGCACGUCAAAACUUACUCUAAUCCGCCAUAUCAGAACACAUACUCACCCGGAGGGAAGGCACACCUGCGGAGCUUGUAAAGAAACAUUUCCUAGUGUCUUGUCAGUGAAGAAGCAUCUAAGGUUGCACUCUACAGACAAACCCUGCGUCUGUGAAGAAUGCAAUAAGCGAUUUUCAACUGAAAAAGAUCUGGAUUCACAUAAAAGAAAGAAAUGUAACAGAAAAUUCACUCGAAAAGUAUCGGUAGGUCGCCGUGAAAAUAGUGUGAUGAAAUCAUGCCAAUGUAAAGUAUGUAACAAAGAAUUUACUUGUAAAAGUUCUUUAGUUGUCCAUGAAAGAAUCCAUAGUGGAACAAAACCGUACAAAUGUAAAGUAUGUAACAAACAAUUCACUUAUAAAAAAUAUUUAGUUCGCCAUGAAAUAAUCCAUAGUGGAAUAAAACCAUACAAAUGUAAAGUAUGUAACAAAGAAUUUAUAGCAAAAGCUAAAUUAGUUGUCCAUGAAAGAAUCCAUAGUGGAAUAAAACCGUACAAAUGUAAAGAAUGUAACAAAGAAUUUAGUGAAAAAUAUAAAUUAGGUGUCCAUGAAAGAAUCCAUAGUGGAAUAAAACCAUACAAAUGUAAAGAAUGUAACAAAGAAUUUAGUGAAAAAUCUAAAUUAGUUGUCCAUGAAAGAAUCCAUAGUGGAAUAAAACCGUACAAAUGUAAAGAAUGUAACAAAGAAUUUAGAGAAAAAUAUAAAUUAGUUGUUCAUGAAAGAGUCCAUAGUGGAAUAAAACCAUACAAAUGUAAAGAAUGUAACAAAGAAUUUAGAGAAAAAUCUAUAUUUGUUGCCCAUGAAAGAAUCCAUAGUGGAACAAAACCAUACAAAUGUAAAGUAUGUAACAAACAAUUCACUUAUAAAAAGUCUUUAGUUGCCCAUGACAUAAUCCACAGUGGAAUAAAACCAUACAAAUGUAAAGUAUGUAACAAACAAUUCACUUAUAAAAGGUCUUUAGCUGUCCAUGAAAGAAUCCAUAGUCUAAUAAAACCGUACAAAUGUAAAGAAUGUGACAAAGAAUUCAAACAAAAAUCUAAUUUAGUUGUCCAUGAAAGAAUCCAUAGUGCAACAAAACCAUACAAAUGUAAAGUAUGUAACAAACAAUUCAGUUAUAAAAGGUCUUUAGUUGCCCAUGACAGAAUCCAUAGUGGAAUAAAACCGUACAAAUGUAAAGAAUGUAACAAAGAAUUCACUUAUAAAAAUUAUUUAGUUGUCCAUGAAAGAAUCCAUAGUGGAAUAAAACCAUAUAAAUGUAAAGUAUGUAACAAAGAAUUCACUUAUAAAAGUUCUUUAGUUGCCCAUGACAGAAUCCAUAGUGGAAUAAAACCAUAUAAAUGUAAAGUAUGUAACAAAGAAUUCACUUAUAAAAAGUCUUUAGUUGCCCAUGACAGAAUCCAUAGUGGAAUAAAACCGUACAAAUGUAAAGUAUAGUAACAAACAAUUCACUUAUAAAAGUUCUUUAGUUGUCCAUGAAAGAAUCCAUAGUGGAAUAAAACCGUACAAAUUUAAAGAAUGUAACAAAGAAUUCACUUGUAAAAAAUAUUUAGUUAGCCACGAAAUAAUCCACAGUGGA